UUUCGCUUUCGUAUUGUAUUAUCUCGCUCGCGUUCGUUGUAUUCUUCUUGCGCUUAUAUGCACCGACGAUCAAUCUGUGAAGAGGCAUCUCAACGGUGAUUAACUCGCCGGAGAAUAAUCGGAAUCCGGAAGCCUCUUCUAUAGAAAAAAUACAAGACGACCUGAUCAUGAAUCCUGAGUAUGAUUACUUGUUCAAGCUCCUUCUCAUUGGCGAUUCUGGUGUUGGCAAAUCUUGUCUCCUUCUGAGAUUUGCUGAUGAUUCAUAUAUUGAGAGUUAUAUAAGCACCAUUGGGGUUGACUUUAAAAUACGUACUGUGGAGCAAGAUGGGAAGACCAUAAAACUCCAAAUUUGGGAUACUGCUGGGCAAGAACGAUUUAGAACGAUUACCAGCAGCUACUACCGUGGGGCACAUGGUAUCAUAGUUGUUUAUGAUGUGACAGACCAAGAGAGCUUCAACAAUGUCAAGCAGUGGCUCAAUGAAAUUGAUCGAUAUGCUAGUGAUAAUGUGAACAAACUUCUGGUUGGAAACAAGUCUGAUCUCACUUCAAAUAAAGUUGUGUCAUAUGAGCAGGCAAAGGCUUUUGCUGAUGAGAUUGGUAUACCUUUCAUGGAAACUAGUGCAAAAGAUGCCACUAAUGUGGAACAAGCUUUCAUGGCCAUGUCUGCUGCAAUCAAGGAUAGAAUGGCGAGCCAACCAGCCAUGAACAAUGCAAAACCUUCAACAGUGCAGUUCAAAGGACAGCCUGUUGAACAGAAGGGCGGCUGCUGCUCAUCUUGAGCCAAAAGAAGUAUGAUGAAUUUUCUUUGGCCUUGUCCAUUGGCUCAACCAUUACUUGUAAGAUACCCCUUCGGCCUUUCUUUUAUUCUCAUUCACUUAAAUCCUAUUUGAAGUCGACAUUAUUAUCAAUUUCCCUCAUUUAAGUUCAUGUAAACUUUUUCAAGGUCUGUUCUUUAAACACAUUUGGUUUGUACAAAGUAAGUAAUAGAUAUUCAAGAUUGUUCCUUA